GCUGAGAGCAGUUUCAGUGAAGAAGAGGAAGAAAAACUUCAAGCUGCAUUUUCUCUAGAGAAACAAGACCUUCACCUAGUUCUUGAAACACUGUCAUUCAUUUUAGAGCAGGCAGUGUAUCACAACGUGAAACCAGCAGCUUUGCAACAGCAGUUAGAGAACAUUCAUCUUAGACAAGAUAAAGCAGAAACAUUUAUCAAUGUUUGGUCUACAAUGGGUCAAGAAGCAGUUGAAAAGUUCAGGCAGAGAAUUCUGGCUCCCAACAAGAUUAUCGUAAUCAGGUGGUGACUCCAAUUGCAGCUGCUCCACUCCUCGGAAGGAAGGUUGGGCAAUCCUACUUCCGUACUUCAGCUCAACCUGACCAUGUCACAGAGUCCAUCACUCUCAAAAGUUCUUAUGGAGUUCAGUCACAAGGAGUUGUUUGAUUUCUAUAACAAGCUAGAGACCAUACAAGCGCAGCUGGAUUCCCUUACAUGA